AUGAAACGACUGGCGUCUUUUGGGUUAAUUACGCUUGUGGGACCGCUGUUGUUUGCGACGAUGUGCGCGUCAGCUGCGAUGGCCGGUGCGGGUUCUGCAGCGUUUCCUCGUCGAUUAAAGUUUGGUGAUGUACCGGUGGCUCCUUCACCAAUAGAGCCGAUGUCUUCCGAAUCCCGACAAUAUUUAAUUGGUAUUUUCAGUGCUCUUUUUGUAUCGGUAGCUGUCAUUCUUGCUGUACGUGCCCUCAUGAUGGUGGAUUACAGUAAUGAUACGUUGCUUAUGGUGGAAAUGCCAGAACCUGUGGCAAACAUGUGA